CAACCAUUCCCGUGACGCGCCUCCGUAGCACGUGCAGUAGUCACCAUGUAUCUGCAACGCGAAAGAUAAGUCACAAGACAAAAAUACUCUCUAGUCUUCGCUUAGUAUACACACUCUCGUGCUACCAAGAACACGCAAAGAACAAAAAUUGAAAAUAAACAAGAACGAACAAGUUCAAGAUCGUUCAGAUCAAAGCAUUGAAUUGAAUCCACACUUUCGGAUCUGAAUCUUCGAAAUGCACUUGCUUCCCACACUUCCAUUAUCAACCUCAUGAAGCAAAUUCGUCAACGCCAAAGGAUCAUUAUUCUCUCUCUCCUCUCUCUUUCCGUUGUUGCUCCCCUCAUUUUCCUCGGGAGAAGAGAGUUUCUUCAAGAUUUGUAUCGUGUUACAUCCAGAACAGACAGUUCGAAGUUAAAUGUUGUAGAACAGAUUCAGGGAGGUGCUGAAGAAUUUAAAGAGCAAAAUCUAGUUGGUUAUAAAGAAAAAAAUGUUGUUUCAACAAUUAGUUACGAUUCAGAAAAGAAUAAUGAUGCUGAAGAAUCUAGAAUUGCAGCAUUGGAAAGAAAUGUUUCAGGAUUCAGCCAUGACGAAAGACAAGACGGGGAUGCUCGGAAAAAAGAUUCAUCCUCCGCGGAUGAAAAUAUAAAUGUACAUGCUGUUCCGUAUAGAAUGUCAAAGGAGAAUAUUACACUGACAAAUAGGCCAUCACGUCGACAAGAAGACCGCCAUCAUAUUUUAAAUCCUCCCUCUCGUGAAGUGAAAAAUCAGAAGGUUCAAGAGAUUAAGGAUCAAAUUUUAAUGGCUAAAGUAUACUUGAAGUUUGCGCCGCCAAGCAGCAACUCACACUUGAAGGAGCUGGAGCUGCGAAUGAAAGAGAUGGAACGAGGAGUAGAAGGAGUCACCCGGGAUUUAGAUUUGUCAAGGAGUGUUUUGCAGGCAAUGAGACACAUGGAAGCCUCACUAUCUAUUGUCAGCCGUGCUUUCUCAGACUGCUCUAUGGUUUCUAAGCUUCAAGCAGUGAAGCGCAAAACUGAAGAGCAAGUUCGUUUUCAGAGAAGCCAAGCAACAUAUCUUGUUCAUCUUGCUGUAAGGACUGCCCAGAAAAACUUUCACUGUCUUUCUAUGAGGCUGACUGCUGAAUAUUUUUCCCUGAGACCUGAGGAGAGACAGCUUCCAAAUGAAAAUAAGAUUCAUCUUCCAGAUCUUUAUCAUUAUGCUGUCUUCUCCGACAAUGUUCUGGCAUGUGCAGUUGUUGUAAACUCUACUGUCUCUACUACCAGGGAACCAGAUAAACUUGUUUUCCAUAUAGUGACCGAUUCACUAAACUUGCCAGCGAUCUCAAUGUGGUUCUUUUUAAACCCUCCUGGCAAAGCCACGGUCCAUGUACAGAGCACAGAAAACUUUGAAUGGUUGUCCAAAUACAAUACCUUCGGUAAAAAUAAUAACAGCGAUCCAAGAUACACAUCUGAAUUGAUCUACUUGCUUUUCUACCUGCCAGACAUUUUCCCUACCCUGAAUAACAUUGUGAUCUUUGAUCAUGAUGUGGUGGUUCAACAAGAUCUCAGUGGACUAUGGAAUGCCAAUAUGAAGGGAAAUGUUAUUGGAGCAGUUGGAACUUGUCAGGAAGGAAAAACCCCAUUUCAUAGGAUUGAUGCAUUUGUAAACUUCUCAGAUCCACUAAUUAGAGAGAGUUUUGAUGACAAUUCUUGCACAUGGGCGUUUGGGAUGAAUUUUUUUGAUUUGCAACAAUGGAGGAGACAUAAUUUAACGGCUGUUUAUCACAAAUAUUCACAAAUGGGUUCUGAGAAGCCAUUGUGGAAUCGGAACAAUGGACGUCUUCCAUUAGGUUGGCUCACCUUCUAUAACAAGACGGAGAUGUUGGACAGACAAUGGCACGUUCUUGGCCUUGGUCAUAACUCAGGCGUCGAUCGAAAUGAGAUUGAGCAAGCUGCCGUUAUACACUAUGAUGGUAUUAGGAAGCCAUGGUUAGAUAUUGCAAUGGGCAGAUAUAAAAGUUAUUGGACCAAAUUUUUGAAUUUUGACCACCCUUUUCUGCAACAGUGCAAUCUUCAGGCGUAGUUCAAAAUUCGAAUCUUUCCUUCUCGACCUGACUACUAUUGUUGACAAGUCUGGUUGCACAUUAAUCUUGAUUCACUUUAUUCUUUUUGCAAUUCUUGUUGUAUAGCUGUCAACGCAUCCGGAAAAUGUUGGUCUAAUUUAUAGUCAUAAGGAUCAGUGAGGAGUGUGUUAGUAGACACUGAUGCUAAUGGUUCUUGUGAGUCUAUACUCAACAUAAUUGCUUGUUCAACAUAAUCUUUACAUAGUGGAAAGGAAAGGCCAUUGUCUAA